GCUGACUCCCAGUGAGGGAAGCGUUUCUAUGGAUGGACUACUUGAAUGCAGUGGUUAUGCUCAUGCCCGGAUACGUAGACGGUGACUUCAUACUCAUUUUUCAGUGCACGUCCAGUGGCCGUCGCUUCUCUAUUUGAAUGGAUUUAUCGUAAAGAAAAGAAACAAGCUGCCAUCUACGUGUUCGCGCUGAUUUACACAGACAUCAGCGGUGCGUUCACUAUCGCACUGCCUUAAAAAUGAUGAAGAUGGGCUGUAUGAAAUAAUGAGGAUCGCACGAUCUAGUACAGGUAGUGUGCUAUAUUUUCUAAGCAAUAGUGAAUCCUGGAUUGUGCAGCCCGUUAAAGCCUUAAAACCAACAUUCGUUUUGAUAUUCAGAGAUUUUUCUUUCUUUCUUUUUUUUAUUAAGCAGACGCUGCUGUGUGUGUGUGAGAGAGUUAAAGGGGGAUGAUGGGGAGGUAAGGUAAUUGGCCAAAUGCAGUGGUGCAUAGCCUAUUAUACCCUUUUCUAACGUUUCUGAUCAAAUUGUGGCAGCAAUGGUGGAAGCAUGUGCUCCUUCCUCUUAGAGGAAUAAUACUGAAAUUGAUGAAUGUGGAGUUGCUCUAAAUCAUCAGAGUACAAUGAACACCACUCUUACACCCUCGGACCUGGUGGAUGUGCCAAGACUGCAGACCUUCAAUGGCACCCUGGGUAACCAGACCCCCUCGGGCUGGGCCGUGAUCCACACUGCUACCUUGACUUUUUGUUCCCUCCUCCUCAUCUUUAUCUUCUUCCUGGGCUCUUAUGGGAAUCUUGUGGUGUUCCUGUCUUUUUUCGACCCGGCGUUUCGCAAGUUCCGCACCAACUUUGAUUUCAUGAUCCUCAACCUGUCCUUCUGUGACUUGUUCAUUUGUUGCGUGACCGCUCCCAUGUUUGCGCUGGUGCUCUUCCUGGAUGCAGGCGGAGGGGAUGGUGUGUCAAAGAGUUUCUGCUUCGCCUUCCACUUGACCAGUUCGGGCUUCAUCAUCAUGUCCCUGGAGACGGUGGCUGUCAUUGCUUUGCACAGACUCCGCAUGGUUUUGGGACAGCAGCCCAACCGCACUGCUUCCUUCCCCUGCACGCUGGCCCUGACCGCCUUGCUGUGGACAUCCAGCUUCACAUUGGCUGCUCUCCUCACCAUGCGUGCAUAUCCACGCAAAGAUGGACCCUGCUUGCCCCACUUUGGCCUGGGGAGUGGGCAGGCCAGGGUUGUGUUGUACGUCUACCUGGCAGUUUUUGCCUUUUGUGUUGCUGUGGUGUCUGUGUCGUAUCUGAUGAUUGCUCAGACCCUGAGGAAGAACGCACAAGUAAGGAAAUGCCCAGUCAUCACUGUAGAUGCCACCUGCCCUCCACCCCCACCACCUCUCAUUGCAGCAGGCUUUGAAAGCAUGCAGUGUGCCGUUCAAGGCCCCUCUCUGUACCGUAACCAGACUUACAACAAACUGCAGAAUGUACAAACGCAUGCCUAUACCAACAGGACAAACCAGCCGGUGGUUCCAGGGGCCGCCCAAGGAGCCACCUGCUGUCAGCUGGUCUCCACAGUCAACUUAGCCACAGCCAAAGACUCCAAGGCAGUUGUCACCUGUGUAGUUAUAGUAUUCUCUGUGUUACUCUGUUGUCUGCCGAUGGGAGUUUCACUGGCACAGGAUGUUUUGUCACCAGAAAGCAGCUUUGCACAUUACCAGUUCGAACUGUGUGGCUUUGUGCUCAUUUUUCUCAAAUCCGGCAUCAAUCCAUUUGUGUACUCGCGUAACAGUGCAGGCCUCCGCCGCCGUGUACUGUGCUGCAUUCAGUGGGCCGCACUUGGAUUUCUGUGCUGCAAGCAAAAGACACGCCUGCACGCAAUGGGGAAGGGGAGCCUGGAAGUCAAUCGCAAUAAAUCCUCCCAUCACGAGACCAACUCGGCCUACGUGCUGUCACCUAAGCCACAGAAGAGGCUGGUAGACCAGGCUUGUGGACCCAGUCAUUCCCGGGAUUGCGCUGGCAGUCCCAGGGCGACAGGUACACGCAAACCUCGCCUCCCGAGCACCUCUACACCCAUCAACACCCGGAUUGAGCCGUACUACAGUAUAUACAACAGCAGUCCCUCAGCAGGGCCCAGCUCCCCCACCAGCCUACAGCCUAUCAGCUCUCAGACAUUUGCCUUUGCCAAGUCCUAUGUAGCGAUGCACUACCACACUCACCAAGAUGCUCUGCAGGACUUUGAAAGCACCUCAGUGCACCAGAUUCCCGUGCCCUCGGUAUAGUCAAAGAACAGAAAGCUUUGGACAGUCUCUCCAUGACUUUAAAUCCAAUGUGAAUCAAAGGAGGAACGUGUAAACAGGCUAUUUUUAUGUCUUUGGACUCAGUAUUAACAUUUUGUUCUCUCCUACAGUAGAAAGAUGUUGCGAUUUUGUGACUGGAGAAAUGACAAGAACCAGAACUACAGUAUAAACUUUGCCUUUGAAACUGAAAUGAGAAACAGAUUUAGAAUAAAAGUUUAUGUUCCAGCAA